CAUUAUCUAUGGUUUAAUGUUAUCAGAUACUGCUUCUCUUAUCAUAUCACACCAACAGCUUCUCUCAUGUCCUGAAUACAGCUUUUCCGCAGUUGAUACAGGAAACUGAAAUGGAUAUGUAAAUAACUUACCACGUGUGCAUUGAAUUAAUUAAUUUGUCUAUUACACGUUUGGCUUUUACAAAUCAACUGCAAUUGAUCAUUCCACUGUGGUCAUCAAAGAGAAGACAUGGAACUAUAUCCAGUGGCGAAAUACUUACUUUAAUAUUAAUGGUACAUACUGUAAAAGUGAUUUUGGUGUAAGGUAAAACAUUAUAAAAAAUAACCGUAGUGUUUCGGAAUUACAUGACUUGGCACCUCAGACAAGUCCAUGGAAAUCAUACGUAUUUUCAGUGCAUUUCGUUACCAGAUCUCGCGUGGGAAACACCACAAAGCGUAAACAACAAUUAGCCAGAAGAAUUCCACCGACCAAAUAUGUGGAAAUACCUCCUGUGUAUUUGUUUCGUGGCUCUGACCCUCCAGGCUCUCCCAGCGGACGGCCAGAUGUGUCCCAUGGCUGACGACAUCGCCCCCUGCCACUGCACGAAGGACGCCGUGACGCAGAAGCUCGACCUCGACUGCUCGAACGUCCUGGACAGCUGGCAGCUCGAGCGCAUCUUCCACGCCAGGUUCCCUUCCCCCGUCUUCAGGAGGCUCACCAUGGCGGGCACCGAGGGCCACAGGGUCCCCCUCGUGUACCUGCCGGACAGCGUGUUCGGCAACAUCUCCUUCACCUCUGUGGUCAUAAAGUACACCAACAUAUCCCACGUGGGCGAGAAGGUGUUCGAGAAGUCCUACGACACGCUGGAGAGCCUCACCUUCAGCUACAGCGACCUGCAGGUGUAUCCCGCGACGAACCUCCGCUUCUUCACUAGGCUCUCCACCCUCGACCUGUCACACAACAAGAUGGUGUUCCUCCAGGACGUCUACUCGCUCAGCCUGCAGAUCCUGAACGUCGAGCACAACGAACACCUCGCCUUUUCCGACAAGCUCCUCACCGUCGUGCCAAGUCUCCUGGAAAUGUCCUUGGCAUCCUGUGGCAUCGAGAGCCUUCCUCCAGGACUCUUCUCGUCCGCUGAGGUCUUGUCCAACGUCAACUUGGAGGGCAAUAAACUGACGCAUUUGGGCGGAGGUGCUCUUGCCUUCGCCUCAAACGACGUCCUGGAAAUUAUUCUUUCGGACAACGAAAUCUCCAGCGCUGAUAAGGACUUUAUAUCAGGUACCUCGGCUUCAGUGAAUUUAGUCCUAAUGAACAACCGACUCGAGGAAUUGCCUGAGGCAGUAUGGAGGCCAGUUCUUCAGUAUCUCAAGGACGAAAAAGGAUCUGGCUUUGUGACCCUGGAUGGUAAUCCCUUUUUCUGCGGGUGUAAAAUCGCAUGGUUGGUGACCUCUCCUGACCUCCUGAAUUACAUAGCCCGAGGCGCGACCUGUGAGGAUGGCUCUCUCAUCCAUGACCUCAAUCCGGAAUACUUUACUGACCAUUGUUGAUAUAUUUUUUUCAUGCAUAUUUUGUAUAAAGAAAGUUUCAGUUCGGUGCAUGUGAAAGCGGUAUAUUUUUUCGUGUUUAUUUUCAUGUCCCCUUUUUACUUAUUGUUUAUCGUCGCGACUGUGUUAUCUUUUGUUAUCUAAUCGUGUUUCAUAUUGUGUUUGUAAGCUAAGAGCCAUGUGUGCGUAUGUUGGUGUGUGUGUGUGUGUGUGUGUGUGUGUGUGUGUGUGUAUGUGUGUGUGUGUGUGUGUGUGUGUGUGUGUGUGUGU